AUGUCUGCCAAGGUGUAUGUCGGCAAUCUGGGCUGGAACACAACAGAUGACUCCCUCCGAAACGCUUUCCAAGACUAUGGCCAAAUUCUCGACUCGAUUGUAAUGCGCGAUCGAGAUACUGGUCGCUCAAGAGGCUUCGGUUUCGUUACAUUUGGUAGUUCUCAGGAAGCCGAGACUGCAAUCAUCAGUUUGAAUGAACAGGAACUUGAUGGCCGUCGUAUCAAAGUAAAUCUAGCCAAUGCUCGUCCUGGUGGAGGUGGUGGAGGCGGUGGCUACAGCGGAGGCGGUGGCUAUAUGGGAGGUGGUGGUUACAAUGGAGGUGGUGGUUACAAUGGAGCACAACCUAGGAAAUUACUAGCCAAAUCCGACUUGUCAGUUAUCUUGCCCAGCUACUUUCAUUGUUAUAACAAGCUUCUUUUAGCAAUGAUGAACAGUCACAUGCUUCUGAUCGACACAUACAUCCUGUCAAUAAUAGACUUUCAAGUUAUUUGUUCUUAUAUGGAAGACAUCCUUUAUACUCAUAAGUUACGGUAUGAAACAAAAACUCCAAAUAAUUAG